GGCGGCCGCGUCCUGGAUACGGGAAGCAGCCGACGGCCUACCAUGGAUGGUGUGCACGGAUCUCCUCGGAGCCCGGAUCCAGAUUAGUGGGCGGCGGCGGCGGCGGCGACCCUCCCAGCGGCCUGAUGGACGAAAGCAAAGUAGCUGGUGGCAAAGUGAAGAAACCAGGUAAACGGGGGCGCAAACCCGCUAAAAUAGAUUUGAAAGCCAAACUCGAGAGGAGCCGGCAGAGCGCAAGGGAAUGCAGAGCGCGGAAGAAACUGAGGUACCAAUACCUGGAAGAGCUGGUUUCAAGCCGGGAAAGAGCCAUCUGUGCUCUUAGAGAAGAGCUAGACAUGUACAAGCAGUGGUGCAUGGCAAUGGACCAAGGGAAAAUCCCCUCUGAAAUUAAGGCCCUCCUGAGCGGAGAGGAGCAAAGCAAGCCUCAGCAGACCGUAGGCAAGAUGGCCAGAGCCGUAAAGAGCGAAACGAACAGCCACAGUUCCCGGUGAAGGUCAAUCCAUAUUUUAUUUAAAAAACAAACAAACCAAGAUGAUUUUUAUUUUUAUUUUUAAAAAGGAGUAACCUACGGGCUUGGAGUGAAGUUGCCCAUCCUUCUGCAAUGUCAACCAUUCCGCUGUAAAUGCAGUGGGAGUUUCAGCUGACUUUCAAAACCAGCCCAGAAGCAAGAGGGCAGAAAGUGAAAUCCUUUUGAUCCGUUUGAUUUAAUUAACAACAACAACAACAUCCGUGUGUCUGCAAGAAUAUCUGCUGGAAAGCAGAGAAGGGAAAAAGGCCCAAGAUUGCAUCAAUCCCAAAUCUAUUCCAAUGCUCUGGGGUUGAUUUUGUGGGUAGAAGUGGCUGAGAAAAAGGGGGAAAAACCUUUUUUUCCCCCGUGGGAUUGGGCCACCAAACUCUCCUUUGUUGCGUUAAGGCCUCUAAUUAUGCUUUUGAUUUUGUUUUCAUUGUUAACUGUAUUUAGUGUUUAUUUAAGGAAAAUACAGAUAGAGAAGUAGAGUUUAUUAUUCACUUGAUAGCCCAUUUUGCAUUGGACGUAGAUAUGUGUAUAUAUAUAUAUAUAUAUAUAUAUAGCUGAGGUUUUUUUUUCCAAACUGGGCCAUUUUAAGCCGCUUGGACUUCAACUCCCAGAAUUCCGCAAUCAGAAUGGCCAUAGAUGAGAAUUCUGUCCACAGACGUUAAGCAGUCAAGU